AAAAUCCCUGCCGGUUUUCCUCAACCCGCUCCUCUUUUCUUUUUCUUCCGCCAACCGCCCUCGGCCAUCCUCCGCGUGUUUCCCUGCCUGGCCUCCUCUUCCCGCGUGGUGCAGUUGAUACAGCUCAUCUCAGACUCGUCGCACCUUCUGCGCCCAGCGUGCGGGCUCCUCGCGGUGCGGGCUCCUCGCUGUUUGGGAAGCACGCGGUGGUGGACACAUUUUUUUCGAGGCCGUUGCGUGGUGUCCCGCGUAGCCUCUGUGCUGCGCAGCGCGGUGCCCCCUCGCAAAAACCUCUACGCAGGCCUCGUUUGCGGUGCGCCCGCUGGGAAAAGCGCCGUCAUGACUGCUCACCCUUGUAAUUAUAAAAGGAGGAUGGGCCGCAAACGUGAGCUCAGCGGCAGAGGGAGGGAAAAUGGCACAGGCAAACGCUAAAACUAUCACCACUUACUACACUGAAAUGGCUCCACAAGACUCCAAGAUUGGCUGGUUAUCCCAGCUGGACAUCUCCGAUGUGCCAGAGAACCACCUUCGUCGCACGUCGAUCAUUGGUACGAUUGGUCCUAAGACCAACUCGCCAGAGAUGCUUGUGAAGCUGAGAAAGGCUGGUCUGAACGUUGUGCGUAUGAACUUUUCUCACGGUUCGUACGAGUACCACCAGACCGUUGUUGACAACGCGCGCAAGUCGGAGGAGCUGUACCCAGGCCGUCCUCUGGCUAUUGCUCUGGACACCAAGGGUCCAGAGAUCAGAACUGGUACCACCAGGGAUGACGCUGAGUACCCUAUUGGUCCAGGCCACGAGAUGAUCUUCACCACAGAUGAGCAGUACGCCAAGGUGUCUGAUGACAAGCUGAUGUACUUGGACUACAAGAACAUCACCAAGGUGAUCGAGACCGGCCGUAUCAUCUACGUCGACGACGGUGUGUUGUCGUUCGAGGUUCUCGAGGUUGUCGAUGAGCAGACCUUGAAGGUGCGCUCCUUGAACGCUGGUAAGAUCUGCGCCCACAAGGGUGUCAACUUGCCAAACACCGACGUUGACUUGCCAGCUCUGUCCGAGAAGGACAAGGCUGACUUGCGUUUCGGUGUCAAGAACCGUGUCCACAUGGUUUUCGCCUCCUUCAUCAGAACCAAGCAGGAUAUCCUCACCAUCAGAGAGGUUUUGGGUGAAGAUGGUAAGGACAUCAAGAUCAUUGCAAAGAUUGAGAACCAACAGGGUGUCAACAACUUUGACGAGAUCCUCGAGGUCACCGACGGUGUCAUGGUUGCUCGUGGUGACUUGGGUAUUGAGAUCCCAGCCCCAGAGGUGUUUGUUGUCCAAAAGCAAUUGAUUGCCAAGUGUAACAUUGCCGGUAAGCCAGUCAUCUGUGCCACCCAAAUGCUUGAGUCCAUGACGUAUAACCCAAGACCAACCCGUGCUGAGGUUUCUGAUGUUGGUAAUGCUGUCCUUGACGGUGCUGACUGUGUCAUGCUUUCAGGUGAAACUGCUAAGGGUAACUACCCAGUUGAGGCUGUCACCAUGAUGCACCACACUGCCCUCAUUGCUGAGAAGGCCAUUCCUUACCGUGCUGUGUAUGAUGAGAUCAGAAACAUCACAAAGACCCCAUUCUCCAACGUUGAGACCAUCGCUUCUAACGCUGUCUCUGCUGCUGCUGAGAACGGUGCUAAGGCCAUCAUCACAUUGUCCACCUCUGGUACCACCGCUAGAUUGGUUUCCAAGUACAGACCAAACCUUCCAAUCAUUAUGAUUACAAGAAACGAGCGUGCUGCCAGAUUCGCUCACUUGUACCGUGGUGUGUAUCCAUUCCAGUACAACGAGCCAGCUGUUGAGAACUGGCAAGAGGAUGUUGAGAAGAGAGUCCAAAGUGCUAUCACUGAGGCCAUCAGUCUUGGUAUCUUGAAGAAGGGUGACUCUGUUGUCUGUAUCCAAGGUUGGAGAGAGGGUUCUGGUCACUCCAACACCAUCAGAUUGGUUCAGGCUUAAGCGAAAUGUCUACAGAGUAGACGUAAUCCUCGAUUAUAGCUUUUUUUUCAUUAUCAUUAUUAUAGGUUUAUUGUUAAUUUUAACGACAAGUUGGUUAUCCUUAUAGAAACAAAAGAACAAUACACUAGUCCCU